UGCCGCGGCGUCUGAGGGCUCGUCGAUCUUGCCGUUUGCCUCCGGAUCUCCCCAAAUCCUACCUCGCUGCCUCCUGUCUCGUAUCAAAUUAACAGGUUGAAAUUUUAUGUUUGUCUUUAAAUCCCCCGUCAUCAAGUAACCCUAAUUUUUUGUGUGCCUAUUUAGUACUGAAGCAUGUCUGAUAUUAGGAUUAGGACGCUAAGGAGUUCUUAAAACCAUACAUCGAUCAAGCUGUUGACGUUUCCAAACCUCACAUUGCAAUUUUGCAAUAUGUUUUUCAUGCUUGUUGUAUAUGUGCUGAACUGGAAAUCUUGCUUGAAAACCUUGGGUCUCGUCGGUUUUUGUCAGAAAAGGAUCAAAUUUUCAUAGCUUGAUCUUGAUGAAGAUCUAGUUGUAAAUUUUUCUGGGUUUUAGGCAAAAUUUGAUCUCUGUUUUCUCUCUCUAAGUAGAAACAAGUAGAGAAAGAUGACAGGGAGAAGAGUUUAUGGAGGUUCAGAGAUGGGUGUUUUGUUGUAGAAUGAAGGGAUUUCUUCUAAGGCUUUCCAGACUUUGAUUUUUUCUAGCUCCUCGCAUACUGGUUUCUGUGAUCAAUGCUAAACUUUGAGGAAAUUUGCCAUAGCACAAGCAAUCAGCCAUUCUACCACCCUAGAGAACCUGAGGAAACCUUUGAUGAUGAUAAUGAUGAGUCCCUCCAUCAGCCAGAGAAUAAGAGGAGGCUCACUUCCACCCAAGUUCAGUUCUUGGAGAAGAGCUUUAAAAUUAAGAACAAGCUUGAACCUGAGAGAAAAAUUCAGCUUGUUAAGGAUCUUGGAUUGCAACCAAGACAGGUAGCUAUUUGGUUUCAGAAUCAGAGGGCAAGGUGGAAGACGCAAAAUUGAGAAGGAUUAUGAGCUGUUGAAGAAGAGCUUUGAUGUUCUUAAGGAAGGUUAUGAUAAUCUUCUUAAGGAGAAGGAGAAGCUUAAAACAGAGGUACUGAUGCUGAUUUGUCUAUAAUUCUACAGAGAGAUCGAGAAAGAGGAGUUUAAGAAAGUGAUGACUUUGAUGCGAUCUUCUAACCGGCAGGGGGACUUGUCAUAGCAAUGGAUUACGCAUAGGCCUGAAAGUUCACAGCUCUUCUUUGUCACGUUGCUCAGCAUUCCUGAAUCAAGUUUCCGUGUGACGUUCAAAAUUUUUGAUCUUGACAAUAGUGGGUUGUCUUGAAUAAAGGAGGAUCGAUCAUAUUCAUAUUUCAGCAUGGUCAGUGCACAAAAGGUUACUGUCAACUUUUUGGUGGACAAGAAGAAGAAGAGGGUGGUGCUGGCCGAAGCGUACAGCGACUUUGUGGACAUACUCUUCAGCUUCCUCACUUUGCCAUUGGGAACCAUCAUCAGACUCCUCAACAAGAAAUCUAAUAUCGGAUGCAUGGACAAAUUGUAUGAGAGCGUCGAGAAUCUUGAUGUGCAUAAUUUCCAGACUGAGGCGUGCAAAACCAUGCUCCUCUUCCCCCAAAGCGCUGCAGCUGAACAGUGUGAAGAACUAAAAGUAAAUAUUGAUAGCACAAAGCCUAAGCCGAGGAAUGUCUAUAUUUGUCAAAAUCCCAAAUGCUGUGCCAAGGACACAUGCUUGGCUAGCUCUGUUCCUAAUUCUCGAUGCCCCCACUGUCAAGAAACUAUGGAGUCUGUUAGAAUAUGGCCCAAAAAGGGUGGGUAUGCUGGCAGAUUAUUUGUCGAGAGCGGAAGUAAAUUUAUAAUCAGCGAUGACCUCCAUAUAACUCCGGUGGUUUCUGUGGAACAUAGCCAGCUUCUAAUUCAGAGUAUGGGCGUAGAAAGUGCAUGCAUCCUUGAGCAGAAGUCUAUGAAUAUUGGAAGAGAUGAGAUAUUGACAUUGCUUAAAAGAUUGCUAGUCUCCAAUUCGCCACUGACUGACUUGUUCUUCAAAAAUGUGUGUGCCGCUCAUGAUGUAUCAAGCAGAUUUGAUAUUAAAAGCGUGAUACAAGUUAAAAGAGAAGUUAAAAGAGAAGUCAAUACAGAGGUUAAAUCAAAUGAAAUCCCUAUCAAGUUGUUUAUGAACAAAGCUAGUAAGGGAGUAUCAUUUGUGGAAGCUGGAGAAGAAUUUGUGAAUUUUCUAUUCAGUUUCCUAACCUUGCCUCUUGGUUCCUUGGUCAUGCUCCAAAAUAAGAUGUCAGGCUUGAGAUGUGUUGAUAGCCUGUAUCAGAGUGCUGAAAGUUUUACUUUAGACCUUUUUAAAUCUGUGGAAUGCAAGAACAUCCUUCUCUCUCCUAAGCUCGGCCCCUUCUUUGGAUACGCCAACAGCAUGCUAAAGAUGGAUGAAAUUAGACCACGUACGAGCUUUAUUCGUGGUUGUUACAGUUGCUACUGUAGAAACAAUCAGACACAAUGUACAGCUUCAAAAUGUGUCCAUGGUGUGGGGACUGCAAUUUUUGAGCAGUUGAACCCGAAGUCUCCAGAGGGAGGAACAGAAAGAGGCGGAGGAUAUGCCAAGGGGAAAUUCCUGGUAACUGCUGAUCUUUGUGUAUCUCCGUUAUCUACCAUCUCCUCCAUCCAAAUGAUGAAGAGCCUGAAUCUUUCGUUCGGCGAUCUAGUGAUGAAGACGGCUGUACUUGGAGAAAUCGAGGUUCUGGAUCUACUCAGGUCUGCUGUAACCUCCAAAACCUUGUUUGAUGAUGGGUUCACUAGUCAGAAACAAAAGGGGAGGAAGAAUUCCUACCUUACGAAGGAAUCAUGUCACUUGAGUAUUAUGCUCAGCUUCAUUUUCAUUGCGGUUUCCCUGGUUGUGAGUCUGCAACGGUGUAAGGAAACAUUGUGAAAUUAUAGGUCAAUUUUAAGGCCAAGUUUCGCAAAGGGGCUGAACAUAUUCGAAGAUUUAAAGCCAUCGGAAUGCUAGCUUGAGGCGGUCGAGAGGAAGGAGGGAUUUUGUAAGAAUGUUAUUGCUAGAGAAUUUUAGAUUGAGGAGACAUUCUGCAAUUAAUUUUUUUUAGUGUUAAUUUAGCAUGUUUAUAUAUGAUAUUUCAGUAUUUUGGUUCAUGACCAGUGUCAUUGUAAGUAUUGUGUUAAUAUAGUUGUUAUGAGGUGAAAAUAUUGGUCGCGUUGUGAAUAUAUUUCAGUAUAUAGGUUUUAUU